UCUUCUUCUUCUUCUUCUUGUUCUUCUUCUUAUUCUUGUUUGGGUUAAACUUCCUCCAGUUAUUCUCAUUCUUCUUCCUUGUAGUUUUGCCGGUAUAACUUUUAUUCUCAAUAGCAAUCUACCGGGUUGUCUUGAUGAAAUUUAUCCCAAGUUUAACCAGCAAAGUAGUCGGGGCUUAACUCGGUAUGGAAUUUUUAUCUAAAUUAGUUGAAAGUAAGAACCAGCGCGGAUGGUAAUAUGGUUUCACUGAUGGUGUACACUCUCGAGCGGUUACAAAAGAAACAUCAGACAGUACAGAGCCAAGAGCCAAGUCAGAGCCAAUUGCUCUCAAGUCAAACUCUCUUGAAGGCUGAUCGGUGGGAACCCGGUGAUUCGCAGGAGUAGAGAUGGAUAACGUGGAAACGGGUUUAAGUAUGAAAGUAAUUGAGGAAGUGGACGGGUGCACGAAGUACCCGAAGCUACACUACGACGGACAAUCAUCGGAGUAGUUUAAGAGCUUACGCUUUAGCUUGAGCCGUCCUUAUUAUACAAAGACGUUUUGUUGCAGUUGAGCGAUGGCCUUGAGGCUUCGCAGUAGCAAAGAUGUCAAGAAAAGCUCAUACUACGUAUGGUAUUUGGGAGCGAGGGAGGCCAAAGGCGUGGAUGCUAUGCCAGGUGCCAUAGCAUAUCUCCUCGAGCGUGAAAGACUCCAAGAACCUUUCAAGGUCACACUGCAGGUCAGCAGCAAAGGCUUGAAGAUUAUUCAGACAGUACAUCCAGGUAUGUCGACGAAGGCUGCUGUGAAACAUCUUGUGCCAGGUCACGCUGUUCUUGCAGCUGUACAACGGGAGGACGUCGUCGCUGCUACUCUUCUUCUUCCCAAUCCAGCUACUAACAAUCCUGUUCACGUUCACGCCUACAGAUGUGAUUCAGUAGAAACUGCCGAAAUUCUCGGCGCUCAAUUAAAAGCUCUUGCCUCAAAUUCCGACAAUUCUGCUAAAAUAAACGGAUCAGACAGCAGAAUCAGGAGUAAUAUAGGAAGUGAUGGCCGGAGUACAAGAGAAUCUGAAUCAUCUGAAGGCAGCGGAGAGCAUAGACAUAUUCCAGUUCAGUCGGCUACUAUUUACGAGUCACUUGCUGCUGAAUUGAGAGCGAAAUUGGGUAGAGGUAACUCUGGCGACAAUGACGUAGGACCAAUAUUACUGCCACCGCGUGACUACGAUACAGUACAUAGACACCGUGGAAAUCUCGCAGGUAUCGAAUUCCGACGUUGUCUCAAUCAAACUAUCGUGGGUGGCAACACGGCGAUCGAGAGAGGCGGAACACGUAGCGCUGCCAGCAGUGGUAUCGGCUCGGACAGUGCGGCUACUCCGCCCCCGUAUCAACCACAUCAUCCUCUGGGUCCACGACCUUCUCGGCCAUCCAGAGAUACUUCUUCUGAUGAAGAUUGGGGUGGAGCUAAUGAGGAGAGUGAGUAUCUGCAGGAUCAAAAUUCAAAUGUGGCGCUGCCAAGAGUUAACAGGAGUCCUGAGAGAUCAAUCGGUCUUACCCGCGGCGCAUCGCCCAACAGCUCAAAUAGGAUCCGAAGAGCGCCUGAAUUGAGACAACGAUCUCCCAGUCCCCAGUAUCAGCCCAAAGUAGAUCCCAUCGAGGUUACAAGCCCGCGAGAAAGAUUUCAGGACGCCAAGGAGAUGUUCAAGGCCAUGGAACGAGAGAAUAACGCGAGGCCAGUGAUCGUCAGGCCCAGAGAAUCCAGUGAGAACCGCGGAAAGCACAAGCUGGAGCAGUCACGGCAGCUCCACGAGCUCGACCGGACUCGGCAUGUUACGUCAAGUAUAUCUCAUUCAGCUCCUGUUCAUCAUGAUCACCUGGUGAGACGCAGUCAUCCAAACCUGGAACGUGAUAAAGAACGUGAUCGAGGUGACUACAGGAGCAAGCCAUCACGAACUAGAGUACAAAACUAUUCGUCUGUUGACCAUUUAGCUGAAAUAGAACUGUCUUCGUCCCGACCAAGACCUAGAAGCUUUUAUGACAACUCGUCUAGUGGUAGGGUAGAUCAGAAGGACUCAAGACAUGUCAUGGAUCUUCGAGAGAGAGAAUCAAAGGAACGGCACUCACGUGAUCUGAUGCGUGAAAAAACACGAAUAAGACCGAUGGCUUAUCAAGAAAUUCCUAAACAUGAUAGAUAUCAUCUCGAUAGAGAAAAUUCGAGACAGAGUUUUGAAAUUUUACCGACACCUGGUAGAUACCGUCACAGUUAUGCUGAGCCGCCGAGACUCGGGCUCGCAGCACUUGAUCCUUAUUAAUUUAAAUUUAUUUUAUAAAUAUAAAACAACACUUUAUAUAUAGAUAUACAUACUUGUAUUUAUAUAUACCCUGUUGAUUAAUGGAUUAAUGAAAUAUUUAAUUAACUGGUACAUCGUUUACCACUGAUGCAUCGUUAUCAUUAUCUUAUUCAAGUGCUGGCUGUCAUAUACACAUACAUUGAUGAUAUUGGCUGUACGGUGUACGCAGCCAUCCACUGAUGGCCAUCUCUUCUCUUUCCUCUUCGCCGACGAGUUGUCAUUUUUAUUAUUAUUAUUAUUAUUAUUAUUAUUACUAAUAUUAUUAACUCGCGAGGCAUGCGGGCGUUUAAAUGACCUGUCGCCAACAAGAGACGUUGUUAAAUCAUGUUAUUAAUUAUUAUACUCUGUACUUUUUUGCUUGUCUUGAUUACUUGUGGUACUCGAUUAACGUCGGCCAUACAUUAGACCAAGUGAAAAUAGGAUUUUAAAAAUAAUUUAUCUUCAUAUUUUUAUGCACUUGGCAUUGCGAAGGGGAAAGAUAAUGAGAGAGAUCUAUAUCCAGCCUCGCUGGACAGCCGUCUCUUUUUUUUAAAAAAAGUGUUGGUAUCUUUAAAAACCGGCAUCUUGGAUUUAUAAAUAUGUGUACUUUUUUUUUAAAUAAUAAUAAUAUUAAUUAUUAUUAUUAUUAUUAUUAUACUUUUAUCUCUGUAUGUAAUGUUAUAUUUUGUAAUUGUUAUACUGAGAGAAAUCUCACUGACAAUAAUUAUAAUAAUAAGCAAUAAGUAAUAAUAAUUAUACGAUAACAAUAAUAAUAAUAAAUAAUAAUGAGCGUAGGUACUCAGUACUAAAAUUAUUA